CCAUGGGGCUUGGCUUCUGAGGCUCCAGCCCACAGGCCUGCUUAAAGCCCUCUCCAUCCCCUGUCCUCACCCAGUCCCUGCUGAGGCUGAGCAGACACCUCAGGAUCGGUGGUGGGCAGCUGCUGGUGUGAGGGAGAGCAGAGACCAUGUCUGACACGGAAGAGGCGGCAGAAGAGUACGAGGAGGAGCAGGAAGAAGAAGCUGUGGAAGAAGAGGAGGACUGGAGAGAGGACGAAGACGAGCAGGAAGAGGCGGGCGCGGAAGAGGCGGAAGCGGAAGGGGCUGAAGGUGAGGCUGAGACGGAGGAGACCAAUGCGGAAGGAGAUGGGCGAGAAGAGGAGGCUAAGGAAGGUGAGGAUGGCCCAGUGGAGGAGUCCAAACCAAAGCCCAGGCCUUUUAUGCCCAACUUGGUGCCGCCCAAGAUCCCCGAUGGGGAGAGAGUAGACUUUGAUGACAUCCACCGGAAGCGCAUGGAGAAGGACCUGAACGAGCUUCAGACGCUGAUCGAGGCUCACUUUGAGAACAGGAAGAAGGAGGAGGAGGAGCUCAUCUCACUCAAAGACAGGAUCGAGAAGCGGCGGGCCGAGAGGGCUGAGCAGCAGCGCAUCCGGAAUGAGCGGGAGAAGGAGCGUCAGACUCGCCUGGCUGAAGAGAGGGCCCGACGAGAGGAGGAGGAGAACAGGAGGAAGGCCGAGGAUGAGGCUCGGAAGAAGAAGGCUUUGUCCAACAUGAUGCACUUUGGGGGCUACAUCCAGAAGGCCCAGACGGAGCGGAAAAGUGGGAAGAGACAGACAGAGCGGGAGAAGAAGAAGAAGAUUCUGGCCGAGAGGAGGAAGGUGCUGGCCAUCGACCACCUGAAUGAAGAUCAGCUGAGGGAGAAGGCCAAGGAGCUAUGGCAGAGCAUCUACAACCUGGAGGCAGAGAAGUUCGACCUGCAGGAGAAGUUCAAGCAGCAGAAAUAUGAAAUCAAUGUUCUCCGGAACAGGAUCAAUGAUAACCAGAAAGUCUCCAAGACCCGGGGGAAGGCCAAAGUCACUGGGCGCUGGAAGUAGGGGCAGCAGUCCCCUUCACCAGAGAUCCUCGCUGUGUCCCUGCCCUGAUCGUCCCCAGCUUCUGGGGCCCUCCUGGGCACUGGAGGCAGACUCGGGUCGGGAAGCCAGGAGCUGGCCUGGCUGGGAGCUGCCACUCCUGGUGCCUGUACCCCCACAUGCCCACGCACGCCAAUAAUAAAAGCCAACACACAUCGCA